GAGGGAGAGGGAGAAGGAGAAGGAGAAGGAGAAGGAAGGCGGUGGCGGCGGUGGCGACGGAGUGGUGAUUUCGAAUUCGGAAUUGGAAUCGAAGGAUGGACGUGAUCAAGACCCAGCAGGUGUCGUCGCGGCCGAUCGAGAAGGUGAUCGUCCACCCCCUCGUCCUCCUCAGCAUCGUGGACAACUACAACAGGGUCGCCAAGGACACCCGCAAGCGCGUCGUCGGCGUCUUGCUUGGCAGCUCCUUCAAGGGCGUCGUCGACGUCUCCAACAGCUACGCAGUACCAUUUGAGGAAGAUGAGAAGGAUCCAAGCAUCUGGUUUCUCGAUCACAAUUACCAUGAAGCAAUGUUUGGCAUGUUCAAGAGAAUAAAUGCCAAGGAGCAUGUUGUGGGGUGGUACAGCACUGGUCCGAAAUUGCGAGAGAACGACCUCAAUGUGCAUAGACUAUUUGAUGAUUAUGUCCCUAAUCCUGUGUUGGUCAUAAUUGAUGUUCAACCCAAAGAGCUAGGUAUACCAACCAAAGCAUACUGUGCUGUUGAAGAGGUUAAAGAGAAUGCCACACAGAAGAGCCAGAAGGUGUUUGUGCACGUACCUUCAGAAAUUGCUGCUCAUGAAGUUGAGGAGAUAGGUGUUGAGCACUUGCUAAGGGAUGUGAAGGAUACAACUAUUAGCACACUUGCCACAGAGGUUACCGGAAAACUUACUGCAUUGAAGGGGUUGGAUGCGAGGCUUCGAGAGAUAAGGAGUUAUCUAGAUCUUGUUAUUGACGAAAAGCUUCCAUUAAACCAUGAGAUUUUGUACCAUUUACAGGACGUGUUCAACUUACUUCCAAACCUCAAUGUGGCUGAGCUGGUCAAGUCUUUUGCUGUGAAAACAAAUGAUAUGAUGCUGGUGAUAUAUCUCUCUUCCCUAAUUCGCAGUGUAGUUGCUCUCCACAACUUGAUUAACAAUAAGAUUUUGAACAAGGAACAUGAGAAGGCGGAAGACUCGAAGCCUGUUGAUGUUCCUGCUGCAGCGGGAAGCUGAAUAAGGGACGGUAUCAGCUGUUGACAUUCGGCUAGUGUUUCUCCAUCAACAGUUUGUGCUCGCCAUUUCUUUCUGAGCUCGCGGCCGUGGAGAAGAAACAGAGGCAUGGAAGGAAAGCAGUGGAUAAUGACGGCAAAUAUCGGUCACUGUGAGAGAGGCGUUCGGUCUUUUUGGCAGUGACAAUCUUCUUUCUUUGCCAGUCGAAUGAUGGAGAUGCACUCGCUGCCGUGCAUUCUCUUGCUUCCUUUGUGUGCUGUGCUGUAGAUGUUAAUUUGCUGCAAGCUCUUAUCUUAAUUUAAAUUUGAGAUUCAACUGGCACUGAUUCAACUAGAUACUGAAGCUCCCUAUCUUUACCUGAAUUCAAAAGCUGCUUUCAGUCUGCA